UCAAUCGGGAUCGAACGCUCAACAAGGAAGGCACUACCCAACAAACAAACCAAGACACAGUCGCUCUCAUAGCGGUGGCAGAGUGAUCCAGUUGAAGGCCGGUUGAAGGGAACACUAUCCGUGACUCCAGCCAAGCAGGUUAGUCGCUCGGUCACAGUGUAAACAGCAGCAGCAGCAGCAGCAACUUCUUGGUGCGGUAAUCGAUUCUUUUCGUCGGUGCUGAGUGGUAUCAUUUUCGCGGCAAAAUAAUGCAGCUUGUGGGACUGCUGGUAGCGUUGAUACUGGCCCUCUGCUCCCUCGGAACGGUCCGGUGUUGGCCAGUCUCCAAUCCCGAGGUGGUCGACAGCCUGAUCUUCUCCAAUCCGGAAGUGGCAUCCCAGUCGAUGCGGGAGAUUCCCCAGUGGCACUGUUUGCGGUACUUCAAACAUGAUAUCCACCUGAUGCGCCGCUGUCGCAACUACCGGUUGCAUAUGUUGAGGCGGCCGAACGACAUGAUCUGAGAGGCUGAGGUGAUUGGUACUGAAAUUACCCGGAGUGAAGGCACUCAACGCAAUUUAAUUACCAAUGCGGAGGAGUCGCAAUUAUGCCCAAGGUGCGCACUUAAUUAAAAAAUACGUAACUGUACUUCCUAAUAUAAGAAUAACAAACAAAGGCUCAAGUAGAAGAAGCGUAGGGAAUUGUAUCAUCGUGAUAAAGAAAAAGUAGCUGCAUUUAGAAGUUAAGGCAAUUAUCUCUAUCAUCAAUAUCAUAUCAUGUCUCACGGCAGAGCAGAAGAUUACAAACUUUUGGGGGUAUCAAUUAAAGUGUAAUUAUAAUUUGUUAGAAUCAAGUGGCAUUCAAAGUACUCCAGAUUUGGCACAACGCAGCGGAUCACACGCAUAGCUAUAUUUAUAUUUGUGUGGAACAAUCCACCAUCAUUGUAUUUACUAACAAUACAUCAAACGACGUAUCACGUUAAUGCAUACUGGCUUCUUCAAGCUGCUAUGGUUGUUGUUUAAUUUUUGUGAUUACUAUAUAUUUAUGACUGUUUUGGAAGAGCAAGCAUGAGAUUAUA